AUGGGGUCAGGUUGUUCGUCAGCCGAGGUUAAGGAGAGGGCAGCCACAUCAAAACGAAUUGACAGGAAUUUGAGGAAAGAAGCCGAGGAGAGAGAUCGGAAAUCAGAAAGUACUAUCCUCCACAACAAAGGUUUCGCCCAAAAUGAACCAGCCGAGAAGAGACAGGACGUUUAUAGCAAUAUUAUUGUAGGUAUGGCAACGAUAAUACGUGCCCUAGACAAGUUCAUCUACCAAGUGGCUUCGAUCAGGGAUCAGGAGAGUAUGGACGCCAGGCGGAUAUUAGCAGUAGCCGAAAGCACGAAAAGUGAUCACAGCUUCACACGGGGAGUUUUAAUGGCCCUCCAUUUUUCAUGGAUGAUUUUGAUCAAGAUCGCUACGCCGAGCUACGUGCCGACGGUUGAUGAUUUUCUCCAUAUCCCGGUGCCAGCUACGGGGUUGUCCAGGUGCAUCACCAUUCAGAAGUGCAUAUUCAGGUGGAGUUGUCAU